CAGACGGACGGAGGGAGCCGGCGGAGAGGGAUUCGUCCCAUGGAGCUGUGCCCGGGGCACGCUGCGCCCUCGGGCUGGGCGCUGCCGCUGCUCCUCGCCUUGGGCGCCGGGCUCAGCCACGCCACUCCGCACCUGCGCUACUCCCGCCCGGGCUCCCGCAGCAAGAACUGGUGUGCGUACAUCGUGAACAAGAACGUCAGCUGCUCGGUGCUGGACGGGACCGAGAGCUACGUCCAGGCCCAGUACAAGUGCGCCUGGAACGAGUUUCCCUGCCGACCGACCCCGGUAUACCGAACAAGUUUCAGACCUCGGUACACGGUUGCAUAUAAGACUGUGACAGAGCUAGAAUGGAGAUGCUGUCCUGGGUACAAAGGUGAAGACUGCAGAGAAGGGCCAUCGGAACAGCCCAGGGCAGCUCGCCGGCCCACGACACCAGCAAAAGCUAUUGUGAAGAAAGGCUUGGAUGCUGAACCAACAGAAGUGCCAGAACCUCCACCACAUGAGAAGAAAAUGCAGUUUUUUGAGGAAGAAUUGUUCAGACUUACACGAUCAGUGAUAGAACUUCAGUCCUCCUUGGCACGUGUGAAUGAAAACCUGAAGCUGACUGUUCAAGAAGAUGCCAGUAAAAUGUUGGUCACUUGGCUGAACAACCUUUAUGAUCGCCCGGAGCCUGAUAGUGCAGUUAGUGGUGAAACAGACAGUAUUCAUCUGCCUGGACUCCUCAGCAAUAAAGAUCAGAAAGACCCUUUUCUUGAUUUUGAAGUGGAAGAUCUAAAGUCUGAGCUAGCUGAGGUCAAAGAGGCUUUGAAGAACAGGAAUGAUAAGCUGGAGGAACUGAAUGGUAAAGUAAAAGGCUAUGAAGGACAGUUAAAGCAACUGCAGGAGGCAGCACAGGGACCUACAAUAACAAUGCCUAGUGACAAUAUAUAUCGGGAAUAUAUAGACUCAAAAUUUGAGUCCCUCAGACAGGAAUUACUGGAAGGAUUUGAAAAGAAAAUGGCAGAUCUGAAGAACUCUUGUGAAUACAAACUACAGGAUAUCCAGCAGCAGUGUGAUGACAAUGAAAAUAACUGUUUAGGUAUAAUAGAUGUUAUAAAAGGCAAAGAAAAUGACUUGAAGAAAGAGAUAAAUUCUCUCCGUACUCAGAUUCCAUCAAACCAUUCCAGUUGCUGCAAGGAGAGUGAGAGAAAUGACUUGGGCCAGCAGAUAAAAGAUUUAGAUAAGAAGCUUGACAGAGUUGUGGAAGCACACAGGAUCUUGAACGUGAGAAUAGAUAAUGAAAUCAGUCGAUUGUCAACUCCAGAUUUGGAAGACAUGUUUGGUGAGAGGCUGGAGGAGCUAGAUGCAAGGAUGAACAUCACUGAACGAAAUGCUGAAGAGCACUGCUUUUACAUUGAGGAAACUCUCCGAAACACUAUAGCUGUUGAGGCAGAUGAAUUGAGAGACUUGUUUGACCAAAAGCUACGGGCACUAGAAGAUAGGCUAGGUGGCACUAUUUUAGAGAUGGCUAAUACCACAGACCCAGAUGGAAUGUACAUGAAUCCUGUGCCUAUCAUGCCCAGUGACACUGGGUUUGCAAAUGAGCAAUUUACAGCAGAAAUGAAUCUCAUGAAGAACAAACUGCUGUCCCUUGAACGCCUCUGUGGGCAGAAAUGCCAGUCUGUACCACAGAGUAUGGAGGACCUUCAGAAAGAGCUAGAAAAUUGUAAUAACAAUUACAGUCACUUGCUUAUGAAAACAGAGAACAAUUCUGCUCUUCUGCAAUUUUUAAAUAGCUCUCUUAAUGAGAAAAUUAAGGGUAACCAGCGUGACAACCAGAAAAUACAGAGAGAUUUACGUGUACUCCGGUAUAGUCUAAAUGUCAUGGAUAAAGACGUGAAGAAUAUUCAAGAUGGCUUGAAUAGUUGUAAGGAGCAACUUUUGGGAGUCAACUCUACCUGUAGAAAGACACAAAGAGGUGUCUACCGAAAAAUUGAUCAAAUGCAGAAGACAUUUGCAAAUCAAACCAUUCAUCCUAGUGAUAAUUGCUGCAGUGAAAUGAGAGAGAGACUAGAACAAAUAAAUGACCAAAUCCUGAAUGAUCAUAGCAAGUGUAAAGAAAAGGCCCAUGGUAUGCAGGAUGGUGUUUCAGAUGUUGAAAGCAGAGUCUCACGUGUUGAAAAGGUUUGUGGCAAGCUGGACUCUGUUUCGGGUAGCUUGCAGAAGAUAAAAGAAGGUCUAGAUAAGCACGUGAGCAGCUUAUGGAACUGCAUACGUGAAAUGAAUGGAACUAUAUCAUCUCAUUCCAAAGAUAUUUCUGGCCUCAAAAAUUCUGUCCAGCGGUUUUAUAGUCAGGUCUCUAAAAUCACCACAGACAUGGAAGGCAUGCUGAAAUCACAGUCUGACACAAGGCGAGCGGAAGCACCGCGGCAGGCAGUGCCACCGAGACCUCCGCUGCAGCCCCAGCCUGGCACACCCCUGCUGCCCUCCAGGCCCAGGAUCCAGCCCCCACGGCAGCAGCCCCCGCUGCAGCCGCCGCAGCCCAGGCCUCCACGCCCGGCGCUGCCUGGCUCAGCUCUGACUCCAUUCCUGCCUGGCACGACCGGGAUCAUCCUGGAAACCGGGGAGGCCGGACCUCCUGGCACAGUGCUGAUGUCAGGGAGAGGCCGGCUGAGAAGCGUCGAUGGUCAGGCUGGUCAGAGCACCAUGCCCAUUGCAGAGGGAUACGCUGGAGCACCAGGAUAUCCAAAGCUAUCGCCUCCAACCAUAGACUCACAAGGACCUGCUGCUGCUGCGGCCUCUCUGGUGUCCUUUUCAGCUGGGCUCACGCAGAAGCCUUUCUCCAGUGACGUUGGUGUGGUUCACUUUAACAAAGUGCUCGUGAAUGAUGGGGAUUAUUACAACCCCAAUACAGGCAUAUUCACAUCACCAUAUGAAGGGCGCUACCUGAUCACAGCUGUGCUGGCUCCGGAGAGGGAUGAGUAUGUUGAAGCAGUGCUGUCUGUCUCCAAUGCAAGUGUUGCUCAGCUGCACACGGCUGGGUACAGAAGGGAACUGCUGGAGUACCACAAACCCUACUCGGGGAAACAGACCUGUGGUGGUCCUGGAACAUUCCACCUUGUUCUUCACCUCAAAGCAGGAGAUGAAGUAAAUGUCGUCGUAACAGGAGGCAAACUGGCCUACACAGACUCUGAUGAAAUGUAUUCCACGUUUAGUGGGGUUCUUCUUUAUCCUUCUAUUUCCCAUGUUUAGGUCCACCAUUAAACAGGAGAGAAGGGUAAGAUAUUCUGAAGAAAUUAAGUGUAAUAAAAUUCAAAGCUUUAAUAUAUUCAGUUUAUAUAUUUGAUUUCAGUGAUGAGUUUGUCUAUAAUGAAACCUUUUCCUUGUCCUCAGUUACCAGAGAUAGCUACAGCAGACCUGGUUCUGUAGCCAAACUAGCUCUUUCCCCAAGUCUUUGUUUACCUGUACAGACAGCUGUUAAGCAACAGUUGCAUUCUGAGUAAAUACUUCUCCACUGUGCUCUUAUCCCCUAUUAAAUAUCCUUUUCAGUUUUAUCCUCAGUUUAUCUCUGCCAGCAUCCCAAGUGUAUCAGAGUUUACAUCUUAGCUGAAGUUUACAGCUGCAGUCAGCUAUUUUUGUGCUUUCAGUAAAGCAGGGACAAGAAAGUGAGAUUGUACAGGACACCAUUGAUGACUUCCUAGUCCUUGUGUUCUUUAAUAAUAUGUUGUCAGUACAUUCUCACAAACCAAAAAGCAAUUGCUAACAAUGGUGGUGCAAAGCAGAAAAUGAUGUUUGCAUCAGGUUUUUUUCUCACCUUUAAAGACCAAGCGCUCAGAGAGGGGGUGAGUGAUUCCAGAACUGCAAGGAGGAACGUCCCUUGGCCCAGCUUUUUACUGGGUAGGUGAGAACUUUAAAACUUUUGACAGUGAUGCUCUCUGGAACUCUUACAGUAUUUGCAUUAAGAAGGUAUUUUUCUUCUUUGUUGCAUUGUAAAAGAUAGGCCAGAGGAAAAGCAGAUGAUAUGGGAAAACAGACUUUUUAACCAGUACUUUCCAGUGUACAAACAACGCACCAGAGGCACUGUGACUUUGUUUUAGCAGCCUCCUGCUUCAAGUGAGCUUUGUUUUACUUGUUUCACCAUUCAGCAUCAGUUGCUAUGGAUGGAGCAACUUCCCUCUUAGCUUAAGCCCAUUCAGUGCAACAAUGAUUUGUUUCUCCUGUGAGCCACUUCUCACUGAAGGUGAGAAAAAUGGCUUUUUGUCUCUCUUGAGUUAACAUUUUGAGCUCCUCUGUGGCUGGAAAAAAAUCUUAACCAUGCUUUGAUAUGGGCAGAACUAUUCACUGCCAUCUAUAUGUUAUACAAGUGGAUCAUCUUUUCAUAGUCUAUUCAUCCUGCAUAGAGCUGUAUUUAUUAUCACAGUGGUUUGUGUAGUACAUACUUCUUAUGAAUCCAGAAUGGCUUUUCAUAGCACAGACCAGGUAAUUCCUUUACGUGAAGGGAGAACUCCUUGUGCUGUAAGCCUUCAGCUGAAGCCUUUCCCAUCUGAGGAGGUCAGAUGAACACUUGUAUUUGUUGCAUAGUUUUGGAAUAGAUACUCCCCCAUAACUCUGUUUCCAGGCAAUGAGAUGGGACCGUCCCACAACAAAUGAUCACAUCCUGGAAGUUGAGCUGCCUUUGAGAAAAGCAGACAGAAAAAGCUCUAUCCCCUCAGGAGCUCUGCGUCAGUGCCUUUGCAGAUAUAGGAAGGAGCAGAGGAAGGAAAUGGCCAGCAGAUUUUUAAAGCACGUGAAUGAAAAAAGUCUCCUGGCACCUGAUUUUCAGCAGUUAGGGUUUUGCUGCUGAGCAGGAGGUAGUGCUGGAUGUAUUCUGCAGCAGAAAGGCUGUGGGUGCAGGAGCAGCUGUAGGCAGCAACUGAAGGCACCUGGCACACUUGGCAGCCUGGGGAAUGGAGCCAGCCCCUCUCCCUUCCCUGAGUUGUCCUGACCUGUGCCAGAGCCAUUAGCAUGCAGUUAGCAACCGUGUGCCCAUUCAAGAGUGUCCUUUCUUCUGUCCUAAAUCAACAGCCCACUGCUCUCUCACUCCUUAUAGGUCUCAGCAUUGAAGGGACAGACUGGAAAGACUUCUUUAUAGUCUUUCUGAAAGCCAAUUACAUCAACUGUAUAUAUAUAUAUUCUGAAUCAAUUUCUCAUUAUGUAUGAAAGCUGUAGGCUAGAGGCAUUUUUCCUUUUAGGAUAUUUUCUACUCUCCUCGAGAAAGCUGUGUGCUCUAAGAAGCUGGCUGCCGUCUCUGUGUGACUCAGUAUUGUUGCAUUUUGGUGCCUGUUCUAAAAAUGACUCAUGGAAACAAACAAAACAAGCUGAGUGCCUGGGGAGUCCCAGCUGGCAAACACCACCUCUUCAUUUAUUUUUUUUCCCCUCCAAGUGAGGCAAAUUUUUAAGAAUCAGCAGUGCAAGUUUAGCACUGGAGUUCUGUAGGUUUCAUCACCUGAUUCUCACCUAACUGCUCCUCCAGGCUUCUACCUCCAGCACACGCAUUCUCCUGAGCACAGUGCCCUCGUGGCACAACGCUGUCUUUUGCCAGGAACCUCCUCCUUGCACUUGGGAUCUGAGAGUGAUCCCAUACAGUGCAACACAACCAGUCACAUGCAGCUAAAAUUUUCUAAACUAUAUCACAGCAGGAGUGGUUCUCAGGGGUGUAUUUUGAGAAUACCUUAUAGCGCUUUUAGGGAUAGUUUCCCAUUCACUAUCUCUAGUGAUAGCUAAAGCUAUGAACUAUGAAUGCUGAUGAGGAACCUCUACAUUACACUCCUGCUUUGCUUGAGAAAAAUGAACCUUAAUUACCACUGUCUCAGUAAUUGCCGUAAUCGGGGCAAGUGGCUCAGAUCUUCUCAAAGCUUUCAGGGCAUAAUAUCUGCCCAGCUGGGAUCAUUGAGAUGCUGUAGUACAGGAAAGGGGGAUCAGAGAUCCAGUUACUCCUUCAGUCAGAACUUCAUUACAACAUUAAAGCAAGAUUCUUUGGCAAAUCAAGCAAAAUUAUCUUGUCCCCUGUGCUCCUGUUUCCUAUCAGAACAGGACAGACCAGCAAGCUGACAGCCAGAGAACGUGCCUCUGCUCUGGCCAAACACAUUGCAUCCUAGAGCAGAUGGGAAAGGCAGCAGAGAGCCAAACCAAUAAUUGCAGGAAAUCAUAGGCAAGCUUGGAGCAAAGCAAGAAGGCAAAUUUUCACCACAAAACAUAUGAAACUACCUCAUUAAUUUAAUUUGCUGUUAAGACUUAGGAGACAUUACUAUACUGACCGUUCAAAGCAAUGAGGAUUUUCUACAGCAUCCCACCCUACAGCCAUUCAGUGUAGCCCACAUUACUUGCAGCAGUUUUGCACAGUUCUACUGACAGAGCAUCUGAUCAGCUUGCUGAGGAUAACCAGCCAUUCCAGAACCAUUACAAACAGCCAAAGAACAGCUGUAAGUAGAAGGCAUGGAAGGCAACUUGAAACAAAGUACAUGCAAGUCCUCACUAGAGCUCAAAAAGGCCCAAAGGCACAGGGAGCACACAAAGGGCUCCUCCACUACAAGCUGGAGAUUUGCAUCAGGAGCAAAUUUCUUCCUGAGGAGUUAGACUCAGUGAUCCUAAUGGGUCCCUUCCAACUCUGGCUAUUGUAUGAUUCAGGAGCAUUGUAUUUGCUAAGUGAGUCCUUAUGACAGCGUGCGGUAGUGGAUAUGGAUAUGUUCCACCAAAACCACAAACACUGUCACACUGUCAGCUUGGGGAUGGAAGGAACAUCUGCUUUCUUGAGCCCUGACCAGCAGCUAGGCUUUGGUUCCAAGUUGCUCUGAGAUAAUGGCGCAGAGUGCAGACUGUCCAGCACCAAGGAUCAGCCAGGGCUGAUCGUCAGCACAAGGCAGAUUUGCAGUCAAGCCAGCCCUCCUGCAAUUUACCCUGCAGACUUCAGACAAGGUGCGAAAUAACAGCUCUGCCAAUCUUUUGUACAAGGGAGACUCCAAAGAACACCUUAAAACAUGUUCAUACAGAAGCAGGUUUUGGCAUUUAUGCAUUUUGCUAUCUUGAUUGUAUUAGAAAAGUAUUGAUUUUUUUUUUUUCCAGCAAAGAGUAGCUCAUUUGAGUGUAUGCUUUGUGUGCAUAUAUAUGUAUACAUACAAAAACAGAUGUACAGAAACUGAUACCCAGGAAUGGGAAGAAAAUUGUUCAGUGGAAACCAACUGCUGCCAUGUCCAAAUAAAACCUGCCUGUUUUGUGAUCUUGGUGCUCCUUUACUUUCCAGUGAACGCAGUACUAUCUUAAGCUGAAAUUUUUGCUCUCUCCUCCACCACCUUUAGAACUUCAGGUUCUGGUUUCUUAGUUGAGUUUCCAUGUGUAUAUUUGCUUCAGUGUCAGGCACUGGUACAGGUUUUGUGGUAGUACAGGAGUUCUGCCAACACAGUUCUUAGCUGUACUGUUUUCUAGCUAUUUCAGUUAAUCUCCAAAACUAGAUUGGGGAGAGUAAGUUUUAUAAGAAGUCAGGACAAAAUAUGGACAGGUAGGAAAAAGGAGAAAUAGUAAGGAAAGGGGUGGGAGAGAAAUAAAUAAUUAGAAAAAUUAGUGAAGAGGCUCAGAUCUCUGUGCUCUUUAAGCAUUACCUGCAGAUGACAGCUGCUGAAAGCGGGCUUGGACAGCACAAAGUGAUGUUUCAGUCAGAACUCUUCUGGACAUACUUCCUGACAGGUGAAGAUUCUGUAGCACUCAGGAAGAGGUGGCUCAGUGGUGCUUGCAGUUAUCCCAACACACAGUUCAUUGUAUCUGGCCCAAAUGGUACCCAGGUGCACACACAACCUCCCCCAGGGCUCUUGAUGUACAAAACAAAUGACAGCAUGACAAAGCAAGCCCUUGCACACACAAGUUCUUGGAAACUACAGCCACACCCAUCAGAAGAUGGUUAGGGCCAUACGGCUCCCUCCAGCACCCCUUCAUUGUGUGACUGUGGGAAAAGUGGAGGUUAACUCACAUGCAGGAGCCCAGCUGGGAAGGAAGAAAGGACCAGACUGUAUGUAACAACACUGGGUCCUCACAUGCUGGAUAUGCAGGCUCUGGAAGACACGGGAACAGUCAGGGAAUUCCAGACACAACCCUGCUGUGGCCUCCUCUCCUCACCACCUCUCCCGCUCACAGGGAGGCCAGGCCUGCCACCUCGCAGACCAUGCAACCACCUUCCUUUGGGAUUCCAGCAAGCUGUUGGUGAGGCUCCUUGCCAGCCCUAAGGCCCUCAAAGCACAGAGUUGCCCAGCACUCUAUAGGAGCUUACAGCAGAGGCCUCUAAUUCUCUAUGUGUCUAAGACCGUUCUCAUAGACAGAUCAACCCACCCACCGAGAACAGGCUUACUUACUGUCAGCUACAGAGAAACAAUACAAGACCAGACAUACUUCCGCAACAAAUCUGAACAUUUGGCAUACACAGGAGAUGCCCACCUUUGCACUGCUUGCAGUGGCAUUGUUGCUCACUGCACACAAUGCAUGAACACUGAAACCUACGUAUGAAAGAUGGGCAGUGUUGUGAAGCACCCAGAUGCAAAGAGGUUUCUGUGCAGGAGCAGAAUCACAGGGCACUCCAAAUACCAGUGGAAAUUCUGUCACUGGAGCAGGAGAUAAAACUAGCACUAAGCUGUGUCUGGGCAUAGGAAAGCUAGUGUGCAAUGGUGACAGCAAUGCAAGAGAUAAGACUUGAACUGCAGAAGGAUCAAAAGGCACAACGUGAUUUACACUUUGAUGUAGAUUUGUCAUACAUUUAAUUGUGAUUGAAAUGGUUGGAUGUUCUGUUAGACUGCUAGUCAGUUGCAUUUAUCCAUAACAGUAAGAGGCCAGGAAGGGUAAGUUUCUACCAAAAGCUUGAGAUCUCUUUUCCAAGAUGAUCUCACAAUAAUUACCUCAAGCAAAUUAAACAGCUGUCUUGGAAGACAAUACUUUGCCUUGAAAGGAAAAAGUUAGCUUGGACAGAAUUAGGAUAAAACUCCAAAUUAGGGCAGGUUUACAAGUGCUUACGCUACAACAUUGCUGGAUUUUCUUCUAGGCAGCUUGUGUGUUCCCAAGAUGUAUCUAUGAUGACAGUGCAUCUGUUACCUGACAUUAAUAACGCAUUUACUUUCAUUAUAGUUACAAGCAAAUAUUGGUACUGGCAGACAAUGCAAGUCUGAUUACAGCAAUUAUUUGUCAGCUGUAGAAAAGCUCUAAAAGUAAACCAAGCGCAAUGUAUCGUUGUCCUUAAUAGAGCAACUCUAAAUGUAAAUAUAAAUGCAAUUUAAAUAAGCUACCAUUCACUAAAUUAGCAAUACAAAAAUAGAAUUCCUAAGUACAAACUGAAGAAAAAAGUGAGUUUAAGUUUGUUUAUUGUGAUAACAUUGUUCUCAACAUCAAUAUGCAUUGCACUGAAGUGUGGGUUACUGCACCCAAGAUAGUCCAGUCUUAACAAAAACCACUAUUGGUACGGUCACAGAUUUGACAGCUUUAAACACACUACCUUAUUAGUGAUUGGGUUGCCUGAAUAGUCAGAUAUUCCACAUCUUCACCAUAAAAAUGAAACAAACUAUUAAAGAGAGUUUUCCUAUCCUCAAAACAAACCCAAAUGUAACUUUCAUCUGGAAAUAAUUAACACUGUAAAAAAAAAAUCCCAAAUAAUUCCAUUCUAUUCAACAGGAUUCAACUCUGGAAACUAAAACUACUUUAGGCAAAAGUGACAGUUUAAAGGCUUCUCAAAUCCAUCGUAUAUUUUUGACAUUUCAUUAUGAAUUCACAUUAAAGCCAUUUAAACAACUCUUAUUUAUAUGACAGUAUUUUCUGGAAGACUUGUAUUGGAUAUUAACACAAAAUCUCAUUUAUUUUUGUCUCUACCAUAUGCAGAUUCAGUGUUUGUUUCAGAAGUUCCAUAAGUAAGAUGACAUGAGCAUUAAAACCUUUCCAGUUGAAAUAUAAAAUAAAAAAGGACAGGAAGCUGAGGAUACACAAGCCAUAUUGCACAUGCAGUUGGAUACUGUCAGGGGUUAAGUCCAACCUUUUGAACCACAAGCAUGCUUUGAACAGUAAAAAAUAAAUUAAUCCAGAAAUGUGAACCACUUAAAAGUUACUGAUCUUUAAAUCAUCACAGAAAUGGGUAAUGUCCAAGUCACUAACAAGUUCUGAAUAGCAGUGCUCCUUUAUAUGUUCCUGGAUAGGUAUCACUGACUCAGCUUUUGAGAUGGUUCCAACGCUAAGUGGAUCUGCAUCUUCAACAACACAGUCUUAACAGGGAGGUGUAUGUGCUGACACACACAUACACUUAGAAAGUUCCUCUUUCAUAGAAAGAAUAUGUUACUUGUGCUAGUUUUAAGUACAGCACAACUUGUUUUCAAACAUGAUUUCAGGCCACUUCUCUCAACUAAGGUAACAAAGGACAGGCUAAUGCAGACUAUAUAUUCCUCCCUUCAUAUUAAUAUUGCAGUAGAAGCCUAAGUUUGGUAGCAACAAGAUGUCCUUCCUUGUCAAUAAAGUGUCCAGUACUCCAAACUAUGUAGGUAUGCAAUGACAGGUACAGUAACCCAUAUUCUGUACCUCAGGAGGGCUAGAAAAAGCUGAACAAAGCUUUGCAUAUGAGUCAAAUUAAAAACAAAACAAAAACCAAACCAAUCAACCUUACUUGUACCAGAAAUAGUCAAGAACACUUUUACAUAUCACCAAAAACCAAAUAGAGCAGCUAUUACAGAGAUUGAAAAGCAAAAUUUUUAAGUAAGCAACUUUUUGAACAUCCCUAUACUGUAAAACAACAGGUCAGCAGAAUGAGGAGCUCACUGCAGCCACAUCCAUAUUCAUAUCAUCUGGAAUCAUAUGCAUUUGGAAAUACUCUUGAUUCAUUAAUUCUCACUGCCGAUCCAAGUCCCCACCUGAAAAUCCAGUUUCUCUUCUUACCAACCAAGAAAGAUGAAUAGAAUUUAAGAUUUAAAAAAAUAACCAAAGUAAAAAUGAACAAAGAUACAGCCAAGCCUUGGUAACAAUCUGCACAGUUUGGAAUCCCACUGCAGACAAAUCGUAUUUUUCUCACAGUGUUCCUCCUUCCCCAAACCUAUGUAACAUCAAGGCCGCCAAGAAUAAGUCAGGGAUGGUACGUAAGAUUUUGACUUCCACAAGGGACUGCCUUAGCAGAAGCAGUUUCAUCACCUUCAUGAAAAAUAGAAUCUUCACACAUACUAUUACAACUUGCAAUUAAAAUAUUAUGUGAAUUCUUACAUAUCUUAAGGUAUUUAAGUGGCUUAAACGCUCAAAUCCUGUUGAUUUUCAAAGCACUUAGUGAUCAUGAAAAUGUAAGUUUCUACAGAAAUCUAGGGAGUAAAAGUUUAAAAAAGAAAGGAAAAGAUACAUGGAAUGACAUUUGCAAGCUUCUGACAUAGUGCAAAUAAAAUAAUGCAGUAGAGCAAAAUAUGCUUUCAGUUGAAUCCUGUGAAAUCCACUUAAACACUCAGUAGAUUGAUGACAGGAGCAAAAAUUUGCUGAAACAGUCACUGAAUGUAUUGUUCUCAUUGUUUAAGGAUGUCCUUCAAGUCAGUUAACACACAUGGCACACGACAGACAGGUGUAUUUUCCUUUCCAUCCUCAUAAUCCCAUUCUGAAUGAGAGCUUCCACAUUUACCCUGAUCCCCAUCCCCCUUUCUUUUCUAAUGCUUUAUAGUCACAGGAAUAUCUGGAAUUUUAUAAGAAAAUAAAAGGUAAUUUAAUUUAUAUAGCAAUCUGAAAAUUACUGCCCCCAUGCAAUUCACCAGUUGUCUAGCAUUAGGCUGCUGUUACAUGAGAAUGCUAGGUUAAGACUACUCAGCUUGAUAAAGGAAACAUUCCUGUGCGUGGGGUAAAAUUCUCUAAAUGUACUCUUCAGCAUUUAGCAUAACAGAGGUCUUCUUCUACACCCAGGUCAAUUAAGUUGGAGCAGAAGGGCCUGGCCAAGCCACGCUUCUCUCAGAAGCAGCCCUAGGUAUGCACUGCAGCAGUAGCCAUACACGUACCUUCUAAAGAUCACUUUGCCACUGGGAGUUGUGUAAAGGUGAGAGCUCAGCUCCAAAGCCUGGCAGGAUCCUUGGUACACAGCUUCAGGAACUUCUUGCUUAAAAAGUAUCAGAAAAGACCGCACCAACAAAAAGUUUGGGACUGAAGUUUAAAUGGCUGAAGGCAUUAAACCCUAAGGGCUAGAAGCAUAUAAUUUUCACCACAGACUUAUCCUAAGGAGGUAAAAUGUACUAGCUCAACUUAAAAAGCAGAACUACUUUUCUCUUAUUUUCAAGUAUUUUUGGAAAGAGAAAUUAAUUAGCCGCUUUCACAGCUGAUAAACACAAGACUUGGAAUGCAGUUUGUUCUCAGGCUCUGAUCUGAACCUGAGGAAUGACCAGCACAAUGUUUAUGAAUAAAACAAAAGGAGAAAAAAAAAUGAAAAGAAAAAAGAAAAAAAAAAAGAUUUUAUUCUGCUCUGCAGCAUUUAACCAUUCUUAUACCUGGAAUCUCACUAUUGAGCCACAGUUCCUUCCACCUAGUGAAAAUCUGCAAUACAGAAUUCUGGAAAGACCUGCAGUAGGUAAUUAAAAAAAUUAAAUACUUUUUUUUUUUUAGUAUAACAAUUCCCUGAAUAUAAUCUGAACAUACUUUUUACUGGCCUACGUAGCAUACACACACACACACACACACCUCCAUGAUGAAAAGUGAAAUCAAAAUGCCAGUUCCCCAGCUCUUACGGAAACUUUCGAGAUUUCUCUUGAUGGACAUUUAACAUGAAAUAGUGCAGCCUGAAAGCAACAAAAGCCAUACUAAUAUCUGACAACAACUUUCAUUUUAACAAGCUUAUGAAAUAGUUUAAGCAUUGCAUAUUAAAAAAAAAAAA